CCACACCUCCCUUAUCUUCACACCCUCACCUCUCUUGAUCCACCACCAAUGACUUCACUUUCUUGCAUCCUCACACAUUCCUUCAAAUACAUAUCUCCUCUGAUCUCUCAUCUUUUCUCUCACACUCCUACACUGGUGGUUUAGUUAACCAAUCCAUUUUUGUUUUCUGAAAUUAAGAUAUUUGUACCCAAAAAACUCCAUUUGGUAGUGUUAAUGGCUAUUUUACCUAAUUAUUCAAUAUGGGUGUUUUCUUGAAUCUUGACAAGUAGGUCUCUCUUUUCUCACUCCAUCUCCAUCUCCAUCUCCUCUGUUGAAUUUUGCUCAAGGGUUUGCCAUAAAAUAGGAAAAUAGGAGAGAAAGGGGAGAUCAAUAGAAGCAAAAUGAAGAUCCAGUGUGAUGUGUGUGAGAGAGCUCCGGCAACUGUGAUUUGUUGCGCCGACGAGGCGGCGCUGUGUGCGAAAUGCGACGUCGAAGUUCAUGCCGCAAACAAGCUUGCGAGCAAGCACCAGAGGCUACUUCUUCAAUCCCUCUCAAAUAAGCUCCCUCCAUGUGACAUAUGCCAAGAGAAAGCAGCUUUCAUCUUCUGUGUGGAAGACAGAGCUCUCUUCUGUCGGGACUGCGAUGAGCCAAUCCAUUCCGGCAAUAGCCUUGCUGCAAACCACCAGCGAUUUCUGGCCACAGGAAUCCGAGUUGCUCUGAACUCAAAUUGCACCAAGGACAUCGGAAAGAGUUACCCGGAGCCACAGCCACCCGAGCAGAAUGAACAACAGAUAUCCAUGAAAACACCCUCACAGCAAGCCUCUGGCUUCACAUCACCACCGUCUUGGGCUGUGGAUGACUUGUUGCAGUUUUCUGAUUUCGAAUCGACAGACAAGAAGGAACAACUUGAGUUCGGAGAGCUUGAAUGGUUCACAGACAUGGGUCUCUUCGGUGAGCAAGUACCUCAGAAGGCAUUGGCAGCAGCUGAAGUUCCUCAACUUCCGAUAUCACAGUCAAGCAAUGCCACCUCAUACAGACCUACCAAAUUCAGCAUGCCCAACAAGAAGCCGAGGAUUGAAAUCCCAGACGACGACGACGAGUACUUCACUGUCCCUGAUCUUGGCUGAACUCAGUCAGACCAAAGAUCUGUGGUAUAGCUGCAUGUUAGUAUAAUAAAAAUCGAAACAUACAUUCACAGACAGAUGUGUGUAUAAUUAUGUUCAUGUAAGCACGCGUAUAAUGAGCAAAUAUACAAAUUCAGUUGAGGGUUUUGAUUUAGGGGCUAUUAUCUUUUUGGUUCUAUUUUCUUUUCUGUUUUCUUUUUUUAUUUGUUUUAUUUUUGAUGCAAUAAUAUGAUAAUCUGUAUUUUCGCUCA